CGGGCUCUGCUCUGGGGAGUCUCCAGUGUUUUCUGUGCAUUUAGAGCUGCUGGGUGACAGCGAAUGCAAAUGUAACGCCUUGCCAAGACACGAACCGCUGCUCUUUCAUUCGUAAGGAUGCAACUCCCCUCGAGCUCUGUCGCUGGUGUUUCCUGUCUCUGUUUAUCGUGCCGUGAGCUGAAUUCAUAGAAAUGGCUGUAACUUAGCCUGCAGUGCAGAAAGGCCUUGUUUUCUAACAGAAGUUCUUUAUUAAGUUUAAAGAUUUCUGUGUUUUUUCAAAGUGACUGAAGGAGGGGAUAUACAUGUGCGCUAAUUAGUGCAAAGAGCUUGGCUGUGUGUGCACAGAGAAGUGUGGGUCUGCUCGGGACCUGCCGAGCAUCUUGUUUUCAUUCAAAUAUUUGAUUGAUUCUUCCCUGAGCCUGAUGGACUGUGGGAACGUAGGAAGAUUGUGAGUUCAUGAGAGCCCAGGAAAUGUGUAGGUAGUCCCUAAAGAAAAAGAGGAGAAAAUAGCAAAAAUAAGCACUCUUCAGUCAAUAGGCUGCAGCAUUACUGUGCUACAGAGGCAGAGUUUCUUCCUCUUUCACCAAGUGUUUGAUUGCCUCUUGAUUCUCUGGUAUCGGUUUGAUUGCACUGUGCCAUUGCUGUGGCUGCAAGCCGGGGUGGCAGGACAUCGUUUCGGGAGCCCGCCGCACAGCUGGAGGACGGGCCCUCCUCUGGACACUGCAGCUAAGGGCUGCGUUUAAGACAUUCAGACACUGCUGCCCUUACUACCAGCAUGAGUACAGGAUCUGGCAUAUGACUACAAUCUGGCCUCAAAGAAAAUGUAAUGGAGACUGAAAGAAGCAGGGAUUUUGCAUUACGUUUAUGAAGGCUUUUCUGCGCAGGUUACUUCCCAAAGCGUCUGUUCUGACCAGGCAGUUAUCUGGCUGUGUGUUCACAUCAGACGCGUGCGCUCCGCUGUGUGCUGCGGGGGGGAACACGUCUCUGUGCUGCGCUGGUGAAACUGAGCUGUGGGUUUGUCUUGGUUGGUUGGGGGCUUUGUUUGUUUUGUUUGUUGGGGGGUUUAUUUUCCUUAUAUGUAGUACUAAGACCUUAGUGUGUAUUUGUAUAAAGACAAACCGUACAGAUAUUGGGUGUAUUUCUGGAUUGUUGCUCACAUUUGGUUCAUUGUAAAACACCUUCCUGAUUUCCUUGGUAAGGUAAAUGAGAUGUGCGGGGAUUUACUGGCUGUAAAAGCCACCAAAUGAUCGCUCGGGAUUGUUAUCUUAUACUUCUGCAAGGGUUUGAAAAUCUGAUAUAAAAGUCACAAAAACGAAGGCUGUGCAGAGAUCAGGAAUCCAGCCGUUCAGGACAUUUCCAACCCUCAGCAAUAGGCUUGUUGUUCAUGACUCCUCAGAAUCAGCCCUGUGCUUUGUAUCUUCUGUGUUCUGAAGAAGUGCUAUUUUGAUGAGGAAAGCAGAGAAGAGCCCAGGGGACAGAUGAGCAGCUCUGCAGAGGUGUGGGGGUGGCACUCAUCUGGGGCCUCAGGCCGUUAGUCACUGCAUGGUUUACCAGCUCUUGUCAAGUGGAAAACUGGGCAGUACAAAGGACUCGCUGCGCCAAACAGCUCGUGUGGUUUGUCUGUUUGUUGAAAAUGACAAUACAAAACCUUGUUUGAAAAACACGGAGACUGUUUGAAAUCACGCAGCAGAUUUCGUUGCAGUCUCGAGGAGCGUUUGUUCAGAUUAAACCAACUCACAGGAACAUCCUCAUGUUGCCCUUUUAGCCAGAUCAUGUAAGAACCCAGUUCUCUUUUCACUAAAUGCAUACAAAUCCUUCCUAAGCCUGUGGUUCUCCAUCCAGUUAUUUUAAUGCAAAACCAGUCCCUUAAUGUCACAACAGUUGUGGUUUCCUUUCAAAACAACUCGAAAUGUGUAGGUCAGAGAAGCUGUAUAAAGCAAGGAGAAACGGAUGGAGCGGAGCUGGGGUGUCUGCAAGGGGGCACAGGGUCUGGAUGUGCGGGGGGUCCCUCUGCAAACUGCAGAACUGGAGGGGAUGGUGGGAACUGGGGUGUCUGUACAGUUGGGGAGCUCUGGGAUGGAGGGCAGAGGGGUGGGUUGACCAGGAUCCCCGUGGAGGAGCAAAGGAGCAGCUCCCUGGGGUCUUCUCCUUCUCCUUCUCCUUCUCCUUCUCCUUCUCCUUCUCCUUCUCCUUCUCCUUCUCCUUCUCCUUCUCCUUCUCCUUCUCCUUCUCCUUCUCCUUCUCCUUCUCCUUCUCCUUCUCCUUCUCCUUCUCCUUCUCCUUCUCCUUCUCCUUCUCCUUCUCCUGUCCUUUCUCUUCCCCUCCGCCCUCGCUGGGCUGGUGUCCAUCAGUGGCACCAGGGCCAGGUGCCUGCCCAGCGUGUGUCAGCACGGUGGGCACGUUGGGCACCGGAGGGAUGGAGGGACAGUGCAUUCAUCGCACCGCGCUGCUCGGCUGCUGACAGUAACAGCCUGUUAGAGGUUUCGAGUGCAAGAGAAACGUGGUCCGGCAGCACUGCUGGGCUCCUGUGUGUCUGCCUGGACUUGGCAGGCUUGUAGGGAGCUGGGUUGCUGGUUUCGGACCCGCAGGGGGUUCCCGAGGAACCGAACGCACCGUGUUUCUUUGCAAGGGCUCUUGGCGGCUGUUGUGAAAGGGGAAGCGGCUUUGAGUCCCCGCAUUACUCAGCUGCUUUAGCAAGCGCGCAGAUGCCACCCUGAGGUACAUCUCUCUUUUCCCAGGAAGGAGGAGAGAGCUUUUCCCCGUCAUACAUUGCUUUUUAAAAUAUUUCUUUUCUUUUUUUUCUGAACCAGCACCCCAGAAGAGGUGAGACACACUGUGAGCAAGGUCAGUGCCCUCAGCUUGUAGUAUCCUGUUUGCUACCAUUCUUACAGAAUAUUUUACUGUGGGAAUUUUGCUUGAUAGCAAGAUGAGGCAUCACCAGAUCAAAAAAAAAAAGUGAGGAAUAUCUUCACCGAAUGACCAAUCCAGGUACAUUGGCAUGUGUGUGAAAUACAUUCUCCUGGUUGUACCUUGGUCAUGGCAGAGCCCCUGGAGGGACGGGGUGGACGCACAGACAUGGCUCCCGUGCUGCGGGGGAGCAGCCAGUGGCUGUCCUGUCUGCUGCGCCGGUGCUGUCACUGUCACCAGCACAGGGAGGAGAGGGAGCAGCUCCUCCCCGCUGAGCUGGUGCAGCCAGGGGCUGGGCACGUACGAAGAGGAAAAGAAACUUACUGUGUCACAAAUAUGAUGAAAAUCAGCCAUGCAAAAAAAAGGCAAACAAAAAAUUCCUGUGCUAGGAGUUAAAUUUGAUAUAUUUUUCAGCUGAACGGCCCAUCCCACCACGCUCAUUGUUUCACUUGCCCUGAGUUUCUGCUGAAGAUGGUGAUGCGAUCUGGAGCGCUCUGCAGGCCAAACCUGGGCUUGUUUCCAGCCUAAGAGGAGACACGGGUUUUUUUUUUUGAAUGACACUCAUUUCAAAACCUCAUUCUGCUUGUUUUGCCAUCCCUUACUGGAAAGCUGUUACGUUUUCUGCAGAUGGGGGCUCUGAGCUGCAGCCGGGCUCCCCCCGCGCCUCCUCCACCGCCCCUCACAGGGGCAGAGCCAGCGCGCAGGGGCCCUGCGUUUGCCUUGCUGUUUGUCCCCAGCCGGCUUUGCUGGGUGGGUCACUGCUCCCUGCCAAAACACAGCGCUCUGCGGGGACGUCGCUCUGCCCUGGCUCCUGCUCCAGCUGCCAGCCCUGCCUGCUGCCCUCUCUGUGCCCGCUCAGUCACACCAACGCCGUCAUGCAAAGGAAACUUUAUCUUCCCAUCUUUGAGCAAUGCAAGGGAUGCCGAGCAAGUGGGAGAGUCAACAAGUUGAAUUCAGGCUGAAGCAAGUAGUGCUUUGAGGACAACAUUGCGGAGAGAAGAAGCUGUUCAGUGAGAAUUGUGUGCAGGAAUGGAAAAAUUAAGCAGAUUUCUUUUCUUUAAUUACCAAGCCUAAUUCUUAACUCUCACAUGAGCACAACACAUACCGAGCGCCCUGGUGAUCUGCUAGGAGAGAUUUACGUAACGUGCACCUAAACCACAGUCACGUGGCUGGCUUUCCGCUCGGCGACUUGCGACCGCUCGCAGGGACCGGCGUGUUUGAGUUUCCUCAGCCAUGCCACGGCGUUUGGCAACGCCGCCGUAGAAGCCCUUCCGCCGACAUGGCUCUGCAGAGGCUCGCUCAGCAGGACCACAACGCCAACCUGGCGGGCUGCGGCGCCAGGGACGAGCCAGCUCUGCAUAUGGACAGCCGCAGGAUGCAGCACCUGGCCGCCGCCGUGGGGACGCUGCCCCGUGGGCGCAGGCAGCUCCCGUUAGCCAGAUCCAGCUCCUCAGGUGACUCCUCCAGGCCACAAAGACACCUCGUUGCCAUACUGAAAGAGGAUAAAGAGGCGUUCGGUUUUGAAAUCCAGACUAUCCGGUUUCCACACCAGAAUGAUUACUCCCUGGAGGUAUGCACUUGUGUCUGCAGAAUUCAAGAAGAAAGUCCUGCCCAUCUUUCUGGCCUUCAAAUUGGCGACAUCCUCGCCAGCAUCAACGGCGUGAACACUGGUGGUUUUAGUCACAGGCAAAUAGUCAACUUGAUAAAGUCUUCAGGGAACUAUUUAAGGUUAGAGACUGUCAACGGGGCCAUGUUCCUGCGGAAAAUGGAACUGGAGACCAAGCUGCAGUUACUGAAGCAAACGCUGCAGCAGAAGUGGGUGGAGCUGCGCUCGCUGCUGGUGCAGGAGCAGCGCUUGCUGCACGGGGAGGUGACUGACACGGCUCUGCUGGGCACACCAGAGCUGGAGGAGCUGUGGCCGGGUGGCUGUGGCACGGCGGGACCCCUCUGUCCGAGGAAGCCUCGUUUCUCCAGCGAGAGCAGCUCCCGCAGCCGGCUGAGCUCCAUGACGCUGGGCAGCGAGGACAGCUUCUCCCAGAGUGGAGCCUUCGAGGACUCGGCCGCGGAGAGCCUGAGCCGCCAGUCCAGCGUGGACGACGACUGCUUCCUGCCCAGGGACGGGGACAGCGCGGGCGGCAGGUCCCCCCUGCGCAGGAACCGCAGCAUCAGCCUGGCCAGCAGCGGCUCCAUGUCCCCGCUCUGGGAGGGAAGCAGCUGCACCAGCAGUUUCGGGACCCUCCCACGGAAAAGCAGGAGAUCCAGUGUCCGAAAGCAUCUUUUGAGAUUCAUUCCAGGCCUUCACCGGGCGGUGGAAGAGGAAGAGAGUCGGGUGUGACGUGGCUCGUGUCACCCCUGGCGACACGUGGGCGGCUGCGUGGGCCGGGACGGGGCAGCAGCUCCCUGGCCCCACGGAGGGUGACACUGGGCGCUGUGGGGCAGCCCUCCCGCCAGCAGCACCGCCGCACCGACAAACCUCUGGGGCUGUUAAUCAUUCUAGUUUUCAAUCUGAGCACACUGUGGACCUCUUCAUUAACGUGAGAAAUGACUAACCCUGAAACGUGAGGAACCUGUGCAGAACUUCCUCAGCAUACUUAGAUGUUAAUAACAGUUUUUAAUUGAAUGCAAAAUUGAUAGCUAUUUAUUUCCUGUUACCGAAGCCAUGGUCUUCCAAAGGUCUUUAAUAAACCAAGUGCUUCUACUAAAA